AUGUCGAUGGAAGUUGAAAUUUCUCAGCAGGAGCCCGAGCCUGAUCAAUUUUUAACAUUCAAUUUUGGGUUUAGAGCAAGACUAGCAAAUCACAUAUUUGAGUUGGCUUCCGUAUAUGGAAUGGCACGAGAGCUCCAAAGAACACCAGUUUUUUACAUUGUGGAGAGGAAAUAUGAGAAUCAGCUUAAAGAAGUUGAAAAAGCUCUUCCGGGACUUGUAUCUCGUUAUAAAAUUAGGAGAGGACCGGUUCCAAAAGACGCCGAGAAAAUGGAUAUCGGCAAAAAUUGCUGUCAGUAUUACGAUAUUGCGGGAUAUCGUGGUAGAUCAGCUCCACUCCUCCACCUCACCGGACAAUUUUAUCAAAGUUUCAAAUAUUUUGAAAAAAAUAAGGAUGAGAUUUUGAGUUUCGUAUCACCACGCAAAGAGUUCAAAACGCUACCAAUGGCGAAUUCCUCCAAUUUCAUCUCUUGCAUCCACGUACGCCGCGGGGAUUUUGUUGAUCACCUGCAUCAAGCGACCGAUCUUACCUUUACCAGAAAUGCUUGGAAGAAAAUCACGCAGGAUGUUGGUGGCGAAGGUCGAAAAUACCUCACAGUUGUUAUGGGAGAUGAUCAGAAAUUUGAAAAACAGAUAUUCCCAUACGGGCAUAUAUCUAAUAGCACUAAGCCGGUUCCAUUCAACAAUACAAUUUGGAUAUCUGGCAACUCGCCAACCGACGAUUUGAUUUACGCGCGCUACAAUUGCGAUUCUGUUUUGAUCACAGCGCCUUCUUCAACAUUCGGCUGGUGGCUGGGCUAUAUAUCAAAGGGACAAAGAGUUUAUCAUAUGGAUAUACAGCAGACCAAAGAUGCGGUUUCCGGCCAAAUGCGUGUUGAAGAUUUUUACCCAGCCAGCUGGCACAAACUCAACAUAUCAAUUUCAUAA